AUGCACAACCGCGAAGGCGGAUUCUUGGCCCUUGCGGGCUUGGCCUGCCUCUUUGUGUUGUGCCUGCACCUUCCCCUGGUGUCGGCCGGCAGCUUCACCCUGUGGGGCGAGAGCGACUUCGACUCUUGCAGACUGCUCGUGGGCACUGUAAGUGAGGUCGAGUACGACUACAGGCUGUAUUGGACCGUCAACAGCACCGCAGGCACCAUCGUCAUCGGCCUGGCCGCCAAGGCCAACAACUCUGGCUCACGCAUUCACGCGGCUUCACAGGCUCCUGGGUGGAUGGGCUUGGGCCUUUCGUCCAACGGCAAUAUGAACAGUGGAGGAACGUCUGAUGAUGCAUCCGACAUUUGGGUGGGUUGGGUGGGCGGAGCGGUCGGGGCCUGCGCCGAUGGCUGCGUUGCUGACUACACCGCCAGCGCCAGGAGCCAGCCUGUGCUGGACUCCACAGGAAAUCUGGAAUCCCUUGGGUUUGGCCAGGUGGAUGGCUACACGUGGCUCAAGUAUCGCCGUUUGCUGGUGAGCACUGACUCAGCCGAUCGAGCCAUCACACCCGACGAGCCCCAGUGGGUCAUCCACGCCCUCGGCCCCGGGCUUCCGCGGAGCUUCACCAACUUCGCUCCGGAGGGAGGCACCCGGAAGCACAUGAACCAGACCAACGCGGCCGAUUUGGUCCAGUUUGGCGAGCACCAAUGGACAUGCGAACCAACCACCCCGGUCGCCAACGCCUCCAACCAGACCAGCACCGGUUCCUACAGGAACCCAGCCGACACCUGGCGGGUCAGCUGGGCGGUUAUCGAAUCCGGCACCGAGGUGGAGUUCAACAUUUCAGCGCGCACGAGCUCGUGGUGGGCUCUCGGCAUCAACACGGACGAUCUGAUGAUCGGCGCCGACAUCAUAUGGAAAGCCAAUGCGCACGAGACGCCCCCAGCCGACGCGAGCCAAGACGUCGAGUUAGUCUCGGGCGAUUUCGUGGACGGCUGGUCGACCUGCCGCGUGCGCCGCCCGAUCGACACCGGCGACUCGACUCAAGAUCACGUCAUCCGAAACAGCUCAAUGAACCUGUUGUGGGCCUACGGCGCGAGCCUGGCCAAGCGUAGCUGUACCGGAUUCUGCCAGCACAACUCCGACGCGAGAGGACUGGCGUCGGUCAACUUCUUCACGGGAUCGGCGACCGAAGUCAAGCAGACUGACGACAGGCGCAAGGCGCACGGCAUCCUCAUGCUCUUCGCCUGGGGCCUGCUCGCCGUGGCCGGCGCCUUCAUCUCCAGGUAUUGCAAGACGCCACAGGGCAAGUGGGUGCUGUACGGCUACGUGUGGGUGCACCUGCACGGCUUCCUCGGCAUCCUCACCUUCGCCAUCAACCUAAUCGCCUUCGCCCUCAUCGUGGACUGGGUCAGCGAUAGAGGGAUCAGCCACUUCAAAGGAGCGCAUGAGAUCAUCGGCAUCAUCAUGUUCAUCUGCUCCUUCUUCCUGCCAAUCUUUGGUGUCGUGGGCGAGCUGUUCCUCAAGAAAUACCACGACCCCAACUGGGUGGGCUACCUGAUCGGCACGGCGCACGGGUGGUUCGGCAAGGCGCUCGUGCUGCUGGGCCUGGUCGAGAUCUACCUGGGCCUCGCCCUCUACUGCGUGCCCACCUAUACAAUGGUGACGUACGGAGUGGCCGUGGGAAGCAUGAUCGCGCUGUUCCUGGUGCACGAGGUGCUGCGGUGGUUCGCGCCGUGGGGCUCGUGGCUCGGCGGGCCGGGCUUCACCUACCAGCGCGUCGACGACGACAACGGCAGCACGGAGAUGAAGGACUUCUCGCCGGAGAACAAGAUCCCCUGGAUGAACAAGCGAGCGCCUGUGCAACCGCCGCUGGUGGUGAAGAUCUGUUUGUGGCUUCUGCAAGUGGGCUUGGCGGUGGUCAUCAUCGGCCUCUGGGUCGCCACCGCCGUUGGCAUCGGAGACAAGGACAUCAGCCGCACGGACAGCUUCGAGUCCAGCUGCACCAUCGGCACCAAGUUCCAGUAG